CAUUAUCCUAUUACUACCGACUGCCGUCAAUCAUCUUCAACACUUGUAAAUUCUCCUUUCGCUUCCUUCCUAUUUCCACACCGAGAUUCUGCCUUUUCUCUUCGCUGCACCUUCACUCCAAGGUACGACCAAGAAAACAACCAUGGUCGUUUUGGAUGCUGUGCUGGGAACACUCAAUGUGGCAUUCCUUUAUGCCAUUUUGAUAUGGGUUUUGGUCGAUAGCUUGAGACAAAGCAAGCGCAGCCGUGUUCCUGAUGGGUGUUUCAAACGAGGACCAAUGCUUAUGGCUGCGUUCACUGUUCUAUCCUGUGCUGUUAUAUCUGUUAUGAACAUGGUUCUUGCUUUUCACCAAUACAGCUCCACGAAAGUAAUAGGAUUUAACUCUGUUUCAUUGCCACUCAAUUGGGUUUUGGCCACUGUUGUUUCGUUUUAUUCAGUGAGGACCAGAGUGAGGGAGAAUAAAAAAUUCCCUCUUGUGCUCAUACUGUGGUGGGUUUUCUCUUCUCUCGUGGAUGUGCUCUCUCUGUCUGUAAGGGUGGUCAAAGAUUUCGAAGUGUUGGACUUAUGGUUUUUCUUGUCAGAGGAUAACUUAGUUGCUUCGUUUUCCUUGCCUUUGUUGGUGGUUCUUUGUUUCAAUGUGUGUAGAAGGGAGCGCAGUGAUAUGGAAGAGGGGUUGCUUCAGAUCGAGGAGGAGUUUUCCAUGGAGGAACACGAUGAAGAGGCCUUCACUAAUGCAAGUGUGUGGAACAAGCUUAUCUUCCGUUGGUUGAACCCCAUUUUCAAAACGGGUCGGGUUAAAAAGCUUGAACUUUCUCAUAUUCCUCCAGUUCCUUGUUCUGAAUCCGCGGAAAGUGCUUCUUCCAUGUUGGAAGGGUCACUUCGGAAACAGAAACUCGGAGAGGGCUCCUUGGCAAAAGCUAUAGCCGAUUCUGUAUGGAAGUCUUUGGCCUUGAAUGCAGUUUUAGCUGGUGUUAACACAGGUGCCUCUUAUAUAGGUCCCUUGUUGAUCACAAAUUUUGUGAAUUUUUUACUGGGCAAUAAUGGUGAUUCAAGCGUCCAAUAUGGAUUGGUUCUUGCAUUUGUUUUCUUCCUCGCCAAGACCGUGGAGUCACUGAGUCAAAGACAAUGGUACUUUGGUGCUCAACAAAUUGGAAUCCGGGUGCGUGCAGCUCUUAUGUCUCUAAUUUAUAGCAACUCCCUAACGAUGAAGAGUGCUGGACCAACGCAAGGUAAAAUCAUCAAUCUGAUUAAUGUUGAUGUUGAAAGAAUUGGGGACUUCUGCUGGUACAUUCAUGGAGUUUGGUUGCUUCCAGUUCAGGUCAUUUUGGCCUUGGUAAUCUUGUACAUCAAUCUGGGUUAUACCCCUUCUUUUGCUGCAUUUGGUGUCACCAUUUUGGUCAUGGUGUGUAACACACCUUUGGCGAAUAGGCAAGAAAGUUUGCACUCCAAAAUCAUGGAAGCUAAGGACUCAAGAAUCAAAAUGACAUCAGAGACUAUGAAGAACAUAAGAAUUUUAAAAUUGCAUUCGUGGGAGACCUCAUUCUUGCAGAAACUCCUCCAACUUAGGGAAACUGAGAGGGGGUGGCUGCAGAAAUACCUCUACACAUGCUCAGCAGUUGCAACACUAUUCUGGACAUCACCGACUUUAGUUUCUGUUGUUACCUUUGGUGCUUGUAUCCUGGUGAAAACAGAACUAACAGCCGCUACAGUACUCUCAGCUUUAGCAACUUUUCGUAUUUUGCAAGAACCAAUCUAUAACUUACCUGAGCUUAUCUCCAUGAUCAUUCAAACAAAAGUCUCCCUUGAUCGAAUCCAGGAGUUCCUCGAGGAAGAGGAUCAAAACCAAUUCCUAAAUAGGCACACUUCAAAAAAUUCAUCAGUUGCUAUUGAAAUAAACCCUGGGGAAUACGCAUGGGAAACACACCAUCAAACCCACAAGAAACCAACAAUUCUAAUUACAAGAAAGUUAGUGAUAAAGAAAGGUCAGCAGGUAGCAGUUUGUGGGUCAGUGGGGUCUGGUAAAUCAAGCUUGCUGUGCUGUAUUCUUGGGGAGAUUCCAUUAGUAUCUGGGGCUCUAACCAAAGUUUAUGGGACUAGAAGUUAUGUACCCCAAAGUCCUUGGAUUCAGUCUGGAACCGUAAGAGAGAAUAUAUUGUUUGGCAAGCAAAUGAACAAGGAGUUUUAUGAAGAUGUUUUGGAUGGCUGUGCUUUGAAGCAGGACAUCAACAUGUGGGGUGAUGGAGAUUUGAACCUGGUGGAGGAGAGAGGCAUAAACUUGAGUGGUGGGCAGAAACAGCGGGUUCAAUUGGCAAGGGCUGUUUAUAAUGAUUCAGAUAUUUAUUUCCUUGAUGAUCCUUUUAGUGCUGUUGAUGCUCAUACUGGAACUCAUUUGUUUAAGAAAUGUCUCAUGAAACUUUUAUACGAUAAAACGGUUGUUUAUGCAACCCAUCAACUGGAAUUCUUGGAAUCUGCAGACCUCAUUUUGGUCAUGAAAGAUGGAAAAAUAGUGGAGUCAGGAAGGUAUAAAGAUCUUAUAGCAUGUCCCAACUCUGAACUUGUUCAACAAAUGGCCGCUCACCGAGAAACAGUACAUCAAAUAAACCCAAGCCAAGCAGAAGAUUUUGCUAGCUACAGACCCUGCCCAAAAAAUCAAAUUGAAGUUACUCGAGAAAAUGUUCAAGAUAUCAUGGAAAAUUGGAAGAGAAACAAAGAAGAGGAAAGAGAGACGGGUCGAGUAAAAUGGAGUGUUUACUCAACUUUUGUCACAUCUGCUUAUAAAGGAGCACUUGUUCCAGUUAUUCUUCUCUGCCAGAUCUUCUUUCAAGUAAUGCAAAUUGGAAGCAAUUAUUGGAUGUCAUGGGCCACAGAGCAGAAGGGCAGGGUUAACAACAAGCAGCUAAUGAAAAUAUUUGUUCUUCUAUCUUCUGGGGGCACCAUCUUCAUACUGGGAAGGACUGUUUUAAUGGCAGCUGUUGCUGUGGAAACUGCUCAACGCCUUUUUCACGGAAUGAUCACAUCAGUUUUCCGGGCACCUGUCUCAUUUUUUGACACCACACCUUCAAGCCGAAUUCUGAGUAGGUCAUCAACAGAUCAAAGUACAGUUGACACAGACAUACCAUACAGAUUAGCUGGACUAGUAUUUGCACUGAUACAGUUAUUGAGUAUCAUUGUGCUAAUGUCCCAAGUUGCCUGGCAAGUCAUUCUCCUCUUUUUUGUGGUUUUUGCUAUUUCCAUCUGGUAUCAGUCAUAUUACAUCACAACAGCCAGGGAACUGGCCCGGAUGGUUGGGAUUCGAAAGGCUCCAAUCUUGCAUCACUUCUCAGAAUCAAUUGCUGGGGCUGCCACAAUCCGCUGUUUCAAUCAAGAGCAACUAUUCUUGACCAAGGUUAACGUUCUAAUAGAUGACUAUUCUCGGGUAGCCUUUUACAAUUUCGGCACCAUGGAAUGGUUGUCUGUACGAAUCAAUUUCCUCUUCAAUUUGGUCUUCUAUUUUGUUCUCGUCAUCUUGGUUACUCUUCCAAGGUCUACCAUUGAUCCAAGCUUGGCGGGUCUCGUAGCUACGUACGGUUUGAACUUGAAUGUCCUCCAGGCUUGGGUGAUAUGGAACCUUUGCAAUGUUGAGAACAAAAUGAUAUCAGUUGAGAGAAUAUUGCAGUUCUCUAACAUACCAAGUGAAGCACCCUUAAUUAUUAAAGAUUGCAGGCCUGAACAAGAUUGGCCAAAGGAAGGAAAUGUUGAACUACAUAAUCUUCAUAUACGGUAUGAUCCCGCUGCUCCUAUGGUACUCAAAGGCGUCACCUGUGUCUUCCCAGGACAAAAGAAAAUUGGUAUAGUAGGCAGGACAGGGAGCGGAAAAUCUACUCUUUUGCAAGCCCUCUUUCGAGUGGUGGAGCCUUUGGAAGGAAGUAUACUAAUUGAUGGUGUAGAUAUUUCCAAGAUUGGUCUGCAAGAUUUAAGAUCUAAGCUUGGUAUAAUUCCUCAGGAUCCAACCUUGUUUCUAGGUACUGUAAGGACUAACUUGGAUCCUCUAGAACAACAUGCAGAUCAAGAACUUUGGGAGGUUCUCAGAAAGUGCCAUCUUGCUGAAAUAGUAAGGCGGGAUCCAAGACUUCUUGAUGCACCAGUGGCGGAGAAUGGAGAAAAUUGGAGUGUUGGACAAAGGCAACUUGUUUGCCUUGCUAGGCUACUACUGAAGAAAAGAAGAAUUUUGGUACUGGAUGAAGCUACAGCAUCCAUUGACACGGCAACUGACAAUUUAAUUCAGAAGACAAUUAGGGAAGAAACAAGUGGAUGUACAGUCAUUACAGUAGCACAUAGAAUUCCAACAGUUAUUGACAAUGAUUUAGUUUUGGUCCUUGAUGAAGGGACAAUUGCAGAGUACGAUAACCCUACUAAAUUGCUGCAGAACAGUUCUUCUUCGUUCUCAAAGUUGGUUUCAGAAUUUUUGAGGAGAUCAUCUCAAAAGUAACUUCCGGAAAAGAUAAAGAAUGAGGAUACAAGUAUUUUCAGGAUGAUAGUAUAGCAAUAACAGACAACAACACUGUACAUAGAGAAAAGUUGGGCCCAAUGCUGAGCAGAAUUAGUUCUUCCGUUGGAGGACAGCUAAAGAAACACUGACUGAUUACAAUAACAAAAUAGAAGGGUUAAGUUGGCAAAGAUUUGAGGCUCCUGAUCUUAGUUGCUGUUCUCCUGUCACGAACUUGCUGAUUUUCUAACCAAUUUUUCCUUUGCCAAUAUAUAUAUAUAUAUACCCUUUUCUAUUGAA